UCAACUACAAUAUUGAUUUGACAUGAUAUGGUUGUGUACCUUUGUGUAAAUAUUAACACAAUUGUAUUGACCAAUGUUUAAAUAUAGGCUAUACAGUAUAGGUGAUUGUAAAUUUAUAGUAAUGAUUCCGAAAACAAACUUGUAUAUAAUUAGACUAGUUGGGAAAAGUGUAGUUCGUGUUUAAAUAUGUUUAGCGAUAUCUGACUGCAGUGUGUGUAGAAACUAAAUAAUUUGAAUUUCAAAGUAGUUUUAACGGAUAGAAUGAAUCAAGGCUUAAAAUUAGGAUCAUGCUCAUAUAUGUGUUCUUUCGACAAUGACAGCGGUAAUUCUAUGGUUGUAAACAGUUCUGAUAUUAGUGAUAAUUGGAAUUCAUUUGAAAAUAAUGACGUAGCUGAUGACAUAACAGCUAACACCAAGAGAGGUUUCAGUGUUCCUGUUAAACACACAAGAGACACAAACAAACAUGGAAACGAUACUAGUAGCAGACGACCUCUGUUGCCUCCGUGUGUUGUAUGUGGAGUGACAUCUACAGGAUUUCAUUAUGGAGCAAAUACGUGCGAAGCAUGUAAGGGUUUCUUCAGACGAAAUUCUAAGAAAUCAGCAAUAGUUUACAGAUGCAAGUGUACGCCGGAAGAACAGGACGCUUGGAAACGAGGUUCUGUCAAAUAUGGCUGCCAGGCUUGCAGGUUUAAAAGAUGCCUUGCUGUUGGAAUGUCCAAAGAAGCUAUAAAAUUGGGGAGGUACACAUACACUCAUAAGACGGAAAACAUAAAACGGGUAAAGUACAUCGAGGCAAUGAGUAGAAACAACGAGAAGGUUUCCACAUUUUGGGAAAAUACUAGUACAUUAAGUUCAUCUUUCCCGUCUUCUAGUACGAGUUUUCCGCAAUCGAACAAUAAUGUUUGUUCGCCUUCACAAGCACUUGUAACAGAUGCUGUCAUUGGUUCUUGUGAUAAAUAUCAGCCAAUGAAAUUCACUUGUAGAAAACUGCAUCUCCAUGACUGGUUCAUGUCUCAAAAGGAGAUGGAUGUCAUCAUAAACCAAGUAACUGAAGGUUAUCUAAACAGUGUUCAGUCGAUAGAUACACCGAUAGAAACUAUAAAGAAAAAACAGUCCAAUUACUUGGAAAAUUAUAAUUUAAAGCAACAAAAUCAAGUUUAUCCGGACACUAAUAGUCAAAGGUGUCAGGUGGCAAAUAUUUUGAAACUGUUUGAAGAUAAGGUACUUAAGGCUGUUGCUUUUGCCAAGAAUAUACCUGGAUUUAGAGACCUUCUUUUAGAUGACCAGGCUAGCUUAAUUAAAGCGGCGCGUGUGGAAAUGACGUUGUUCGGCGGACAUUCAUACCUUGUGACACACAUUGACACCGAGAGAAUGGUUAUGACGACACCAUGGGGAGAGGAAAUACAUUUAGAAGAAAUCAACCAACUUAUCCCCUUAAAUAUUAUCUUAUUAAGAUGCCAGUUUGCCAGAAGAAUGACAGAACUUCAACUGACAUCAAAGGAAAUGGGCAUAUUCAAAGCUAUAAUAACAACUGCAUCGGACCGUUGUACAUUAAUAGAAGCAUAUAAAGUUGAUGCUCUUCAAAGAAAACUCGUGACGUGUUUACAAUAUCUGCUUAACAUCCGGUCACAUGGACCUGGUACCCUGCUCUAUAACAUAUUUUCCCUUAUGACAGACUUGCGCGAACUGACCGAAGUGGAAGCAGAACUGUCGAAAAAAAUGUUGUCGGACUGGCCAACGGUAUCCAAGGAUAAUUUUUAUCUUUUGAAAGAACUCAGCUCAUGACGAAGGUUUCUUAAUAGUUUUAAAAAAGAGAAACAUUGCAUAAACUGUACUAGCUGAUGACAACUUAAUCUAACCAGUGUAGACCAAACCAUGGUCUGUAUCAUUCACUUUCAGAC